AUGAGUUAACAAUUUUCAAAUUCAUCCAUAGUUUUCACUACAGCUGACUUACAAGAUGAUGAUUUCUAUGAUUUUAAUGCAGAUCAAAUUUAUGAUAAAAUAUUGGUCACUAAUUUCAACAUAAACACGUAUUUAUUUAAAUUAAUUUACAGGGCUUCUUUAAGGAAAUUAAUUUAAGGUUACAUAAAUUAUAGAAGUUUAUUAAAGCCAAUAUAUAUACCAGUAGACAAGUAAGAAUAUAAUAAAAUUUUAAAGUAUCCCUUCUUAAAAUAGCUUAUUAAUUUCUGAUACAAACUUUCAAAAUGAACCAGCCAAUUUAUAACAAGAAUUUAUAGAAAAAUAUACAGCUAAAAAGAUUGAAACAAUAAGUAAACCUAUUUAAAUAGACAUAGCACAAAUAGAAAAUUUUAACGAAAAAAUGAAAAAAGUAAUUGAUUAUUAUAAAGAAUUUAAUGAAUCUGAGAAUAUAAGCUAAUACCUUUAGAAUUUAGAUCAAUCAUCUAUUAUCCAAUAUAGACUUUAUAUUAAAGAAAUUAAUGCAGCUGCUAUCAAAGUUCUUAAACAAUGGUAAGAAUUCAUAGAAUACACUUAAAGUCUAUAUAAUAAAGUAAAAUAUCAUUAAGCAUGA